AUGCGUGCUUUUAUUGUCUUGUGCUUGGUGGCAGUAGCCUGUGCCGAUAAAUUGGGUUACAACUAUCAACCAGUUGGCCACUCUUCCUCCGGAUUAUCUUUCACACCUGGUACAGGUGUCGGUAUUGGAUCUGCCAGCUAUGUUGCUCCAUCGUACGAUUCCGGUGUAACCUCUUAUGAUGCCCAAGGUUCCGUCGCUCCCACCUAUAAUGGCGGUGUUGGUUCCUAUGAAGCUCAAGGUUCCAGCAGCCCUGGCUCAUUCGCCCCACAAGCUGAACUUGAAAAGGAAUUCUACACUUUCUCUGCAAAUGAUGAAGACUUCAAUGAACCCGCCAGCUCCAAUCAAUAUGCCAACUCUUUGAAAAAGGGUCUCCGUGUUGUUUUCAUCAAGGGCCCCGAAAACAAUGGCUUGGAAGAUGCCGCCUUGGCUUUGGCCAAACAAGCUGCCGAACAACAAACUGCCAUCUAUGUGCUCAACAAGCAAGCUGACCUCAACGAUUUGGCUAACAAAUUGAACAACAUCAACACCGGCAACAACAACAAGCCCGAAGUUCAUUUCGUCAAAUACCGUACCCCUGAAGAUGCUGCCAACGCUCAACGUGCUAUCCAAGGUCAAUAUGAUUCUUUGGGCGGUCGCUCUCAAAACAUCAAUGGCGGUGUUGCUCCAGUCAUCAACUUUGCUUCUCAAGCUCCAGUUGCUCCAGUCCCAGCUCCAUCUACUCCUGGUGCUAGCUACUUGCCUGCUUCCGUUUUGCGUCGCUUCCGUUUGUAA